AACGAAUACUGCAACGUCAUUACGAUGUUUCUGGAGUAACGUUAGAGGAAGUUAUUCCAGUAAUUUCUCUUUAACGGAAAACAAAAGUUUGCAGAUUUAAGUCAUUGAAGUCAGCGCUAACCUUUAAAAUACACCUUUAGAAAUUUUUAACGGGAGGUUUGGAACCUUUUGAGCAGCAUGAUGGCGGAUGAUGACCAGCCCAAGACGUUGUACGUCGGAAACCUCUCCAGGGACGUGACGGAGGCUCUCAUCAUGCAGGUGUUCACCCAGAUCGGACCCUGCAAGAGCUGCAAAAUGAUCAUCGACACGGCAGGAAACGACCCGUACUGCUUCGUGGAGUUCUUCGAGCACAUGCACGCUGCCGCUGCCCUGGCCGCCAUGAACGGACGGAAAAUAUUAGGAAAGGACAUGAAAGUGAACUGGGCCUCCAUGCCGAGCAGCCAGAAGAAAGACACAAGCAAUCACUUCCACGUCUUUGUCGGUGAUCUGAGCCCCGAAAUCUCCACAGAGGACGUCAGAGCUGCCUUUGCUCCGUUUGGAAAAAUAUCCGAUGCUCGUGUGGUGAAAGACCUGGCUACUGGGAAAUCCAAAGGCUAUGGCUUUAUCUCCUUCAUUAACAAAUGGGAUGCGGAGAACGCCAUCCAGCAGAUGAACGGCCAGUGGCUGGGAGGCAGGCAGAUCAGAACCAACUGGGCCACCAGGAAGCCUCCUGCACCCAAGUCCAACCUCGAGAGUCAGUCCCGUACAGGCAACACCAAACACCUGUCCUACGACGAGGUGCUGAACCAGUCGAGCCCCAGUAACUGCACCGUGUACUGCGGAGGGGUCACCUCCAGCCUCUCAGAUCAGCUGAUGAGGCAGACUUUCUCUCCAUUCGGACAGAUCAUGGAGAUCAGGGUCUUCCCGGAUAAAGGCUACUCGUUCGUGAGGUUUGAUUCUCACGAGAGCGCGGCCCACGCCAUAGUGUCUGUGAACGGGACGUGCAUCGAGGGCCACACGGUGAAGUGCUACUGGGGUAAAGAAACCGCAGACAUGAGGGCCAUGCAGCAGAUGGCCAUGCCCCAGCAGAGUAACCCGGCCUACGCAGCUCAGCCGUACGGACAGUGGGGUCAGUCUUACGGUAACGGGCAGCAGAUGGGUCAGUACGUCCCUAACGGCUGGCAGAUGCCGACGUACGGCGUGUACGGUCAGGCCUGGAACCAGCAGGGCUACAAGUAAGUACACCAGCACGGUGUCCGCCACCUCCUCCUCUUCCUCUUCCUCCUCCUCCUCCUCCUCCUCCACACGUACCCCUAUCCAGGAGGGCGGAACAACGCCAGCGGGACGGACCAUUCCAUCACGAAUGGGGGGGUGGCAACGGACUCCAACCCGAUGUACAGCAUAUUCGGAUCAUUAGCCCACCCUCGCCACCUGGUUUUGGUUUUGUUUUUGUUUGGGUUUUUUUCCUCUUCAUCUUGUAGUUUGGACUGAUUUAAAAAAAAAAGUGUCAGUCUUUUUAAAAGUGUCUUUUUUUUUUUUUUUCUUUUUUCUUUUUUCAUUUGCCUUUUUUUGUAAUUAUUAAUCUCCCCACCCUGUAGUUUGAUUCCCAGUUUUCAGUAGUUUCAGGAUAUUUUUUUUUUUCUUUCUUUCUUUCCUCCAGUCAUUAAAAGAAGACAAAGUGUUCAGAAACGUCACCCCAGUGUACCAUUUUGUGAACUUUCUCCCUCUGGUAUAUAAUUUUUUUUGUUUGUUUGUUUGUAUGGACACACUGCAGCUCGAUAUGAUUGUUGAUUGAUUUUUUUCUUUUAUUCACAUUCUGGUAGUUUUGUAAAAAAAUAUAUAUAUAUAAAUAAAAUAAAAUGGAGGCGGUUUCCUCAGUGGCCUUGACAUGAACGAGAAGUUCCCACAACAUCUCGUGAAAUAAUAUUGUUCUUAAUUUCUCCAGCUUUUAACAAAAUCCAUUAUUACACGUUACGCAACACUUUUUUUUUUUUUUUUUUUUUUUUUUCCUCUUUUCCUUCUUAAAUUCAAUUUUUUUCCUUUCAACUUUUUUAUUAGAGAUGCCACGUUGUGGUUAAUAUUGCAUUAUAAUGUACAAUGCUUAUGUUAAGCUCUGAUGUUUAAAACGUCCUUCUCUUGCUCUUUUUUUUUGUUAACUAUAUAUAUAAUUAUAUAUAUUUAUAUAUAUAUAUAAUUAUAGUUAUUGAGAAUCAUGUUUCCUGAAGAUGAAAAUUAAGUUUAGGCUAGGACACGAGUGCUGUACGUUGUGUGUAAAGAUAUUUUUGUAAUUCUGUGUUAUUACGUUACCGCUUGUAAAUUGGGAUUUGUUUACCAUCGUGUAAAUUGUUCAGGCGAUCUCGAGCCGCUCUGUUCUCGACGUAUGGAGUUUAGAUUUAUUUAGACGUGCCGUUUUAAACAUUUCCUCUCUUUCCCUCCCAAUUCCUUUGCAUCUGUUUUCACGAGCAAACGCGUCACUGUGUUGAUUUUACAAGCCAAAGACGAGGAUCGCCGUCAGAUAUCCCGAGCGCUCUUUUAUCAACUCAGCCACUGUAGAUAUAUCGAGUGUGCUUGGAAAAGAAACAGGAAGUCCACUUCUCCUGCUUUUCCACUUCCUGCCACAGAGCCGAGCUGUAGAUGGUCAUAUCGUGCGUGUGUGUGUGUGUGUGUGUGUGUGCGUGUACACGCGUUUCAUUUUUCCCCAUGACGUCUCCCGAGUGUGUUUUCUUUCUUCGUCCUAUUUAGUCAUCACUCUGUCCUUUAAAGAGAAGAGCUUAAGCGUUUAAAUCCUAUUAAAUCUUGUUUUUUUUUUUUUUUUGUUCUUUCUUUCUUCCAGUGUGUUAUUUUUUUAUCUCCACUUGUUUUGGCUAAUGAAUCAAAUGCUCUGCUUUCUAGAAAUGAAAACCAUAUUUUGUAAAAAGCUGAAGAAAAAUGUACUGUUCAUCUAGGAUUUUUUGGGGUUUUGAUUGCUUUUUUUUUUUUCGUUUUUUUUUUUCUUCUUCCUUGCUCAUUCCGGUUUUCUCCUUGACUUCUUUUGGAUUUAAUUUCGUGUAAAUAACUUGAUAUCCAUUAAUAUGAUAACCAUUAAAAGGCUGUUCCAGUAUUCUGAGACUCUGAGAAGUAAAAAAAAAAUAUGGCUGUUUGUGUCUCGUUAUCUUUUCUUUUUUUUUUUUUUUUUUUUCUUAUUCUUGUCGUCGUAUUUUCUGAACUGCAAUUUUUUUUAAAGAAAGAAAUUUCCCUGAGGGUACAGACAAGCAAAAAAUAAAAAUGAAUGAAUGAAUAAAUGAAUAAA